GAUUUAAUCAUUGCCAACCCUGUUUGCUUUACAUCUUUUGUUGGGCCAUUGUUGAUGCCUGACCUGGGACUUGUAGGUAUAUUCUUCAUAAUUGAAUUGGUGUGCAUACAUAGUAAAAUCUGUGGUACUUUGCAAUGAUUAUUUUACUCAUCUGUAAACAUACACAUGAUUGUACAAGCUUCCUUUUAUGCUCAGCCCUUACUUUUGGCAGUUUUACUUGCAUAUUCACAGGAUUUUAUAAUGGGUGACUCUGUCUUUCAUGGCUAUAAUGCAUAGGCCAUCUAUAUGUUGUUGCUAUUUCUGUGCAGGGGGAGCUGAUGGUAUGAGACUCAAGUUUUGAUGUGAUAUGUUAUCACAAUAAAUAUUUAGCAAUCUUUUCUUCUUUGUUGUUAUUUCUUCUUAUAAAUUUCUUACAAAUAAGAUAUACAUAUAGUCCUUAGCAUUAUUUCUUUUAUAAAUGGCUCGAGUGCAACAGAAGAAGUGCAAGAACAGCCAACAGACCUACACUUCGCGUUCUGCAAUCACUCAUCGGAAAGAUGACAAAAGCACUCGCGAUGGGCCACAAGGUUCUGCAUUUGGCAGGGGCCAGAGCAAGAAGAAUUUGGUAAUGCUGAAAAAUGAGGUUCUGAAAUGCAUGCCUUCAGGAGAAAAUGUUAAAGAGGAAGAUAACUCAGUUCAGGAAAAGAAGCCUAAUGUGGAACCUGACUGCACUCAAGAUCUUGUUGAAAGUAUUACAGGAGAUAGCACCUCAACUGGUCUCAAAACAGUUCACACUCCAGCCGAGACUUUACUCACCUGCUCUAAUAUAAUAUCUACUGACAAAUGGAUCUCUUCACCAUUAUUUAUUUUUAGUAGGGGUGCUGAUGGCAGCACUCAAAAACGACUGAUUUCCAAUUCAGGAGAUGGUUCCUUAAUUCAGAAACUUACUGAUGCCAGAAAAAACGGGACUCCAGCGCGAGUUUGUACUGGUGCUAAAAUAGUGAGAAGAAAGUGCUUGAGUUUGCAAGUUAAGAGAGAUAUCCAAUUGGUAUCAUCACGGCCAAAUAAAGUACAAUGCCUGCCAGGAUCUGAUGUCUCUGAAUGUGAAGCAAUGAAACCUCCAGCCAAAAAGCGAGCUAUCAGAAAACCAUCUGCUGCAGUGGUGGCCAAGAGACAUUCACAUCCCAAACUUCCUAUUGGAAGCAGAAUAAAACAGUUCCCUGCUGAUGAGUCCACGCAGGAACUGCCUGGGGACAGCUCUGCUGCUGCAAACCAGCCCAUCACAAGCUUCUCUGGCAUUUCCCUAGCUGAUGCAAGGGCAAUAGCCAGCUCAACACCUUGCAAGGCAUCUGAUGAUCUCAAGGAAUUUCUGAAGGAGCACUCUCAGCCGACCACAGACUUGGGCAGCACCACUCCAACUAAGGCACACCCUAGAGUUAUGGGAGACAACAUCAGCCUCUUUAGAGUGACAUCUGAAGCCUCUCUAACUGAAGACUCUAAUGAAGCCAGCAGCCCUGCAAGCUUGCGUCUCAGAAGAACUAGUUCUAGUUCCACACUGUCACCCUCUAACUCAAGUUUUACAUUAUGUCCCAAUGCCUCCAAUACCAGUGACCUGACAAACCUGUGCAAUGAUCUUUCUCUUGCGGCUGUCACGCAUGAACUUCCUACCAAUUUCUGUUGUUUGCAACCAUACAUAGUGUGCAGCACCGAUGAUGUGCUGCGCACUGGUGAUAUCAGCGGCACUGAAGAAAGGCUACUGCAUGAUGAAAGUAGUAGCGAUUGUGAAACUAGCCUUGAUUCUGUCCAGAAAAUGACCAUCAUUGACUCAAAAGGUAUGCCGUCAAUUCUCUUUGAAAAUAAUUGCCGCCAUGUUUCUCUCAUAAUUGACGACGACAUCAACCUGCCAACCUCUGAAGAUCAAAAGUUUGAUGGAACCAAUAAAUCUCAGGAGGAUAUACUGUCACUAUCAGCACAGUAUCUUUGUACAAGUCUUACUGCUGAACUGCAAAGUGUAUCUUCAGAUGGAAGCAUAAAGCUGGUGUUGGUGAAGCAGCCUGAGCAUGAGCAUCGAGCGCGGUAUGCAACUGAAGGCUCUAGAGGAGCAGUCAAAGACCGUGAAGGAUCUGGUCAUCCAAUCAUUGAGGUGCUUGGCUGCAAGGAGCCCUGUGUGGUGCAAGUGUUUCUGGCGACUGAAAGCGGGCCUGUAAAGCCGCAACUUCAUUUACAGGCAUGUCAGGUGGCCAGCAAGACGAUCAGCAAUAUCACGGAGACCAAUAUACGUGGCACGACUGUCAUCCAGGUGCCUCUCUCGCAGACCACCAACAUGAGACUUGUGUGUGACUGUGUAGGCAUCCUGAGAAAACGUAAGGUGGAUGUGACGCAGCGUCUUCUGAAAAAACCCUCCAACAAGUUGGCUCCUAAGGGCAAAAAUGGCAAAAAACUCUCCAGCAAGUGCGCUCCUACGGGCAUAAAUGGCAAGAAGAAACCAGCGAAGGUUCGGAUGGUCUUCAGAGCCAUCGUGCGGCUGGAGAAUGGGUCCUUUGAGGUCCUUCAGAUAGCAAGUCAACCCAUCAUCUGCACUCAGUCCCCUGGAACGCCUGAUAUCACCCGCACGUCUGUAACGCGGUGCUCGGUGUCUGGCGGGUCUGAGAUGUUCAUUAUCGGCAAGAACUUCCAAAAAAACGCCUCAGUCGUCUUCAAUGAACUGAGUGGCGACAACUCCAGCCACGUUGUCUGGUCAGCGACGGUCUCACCAGAAACUGGUACCUUUAGUCAGCAUCAUCUGAUCUGCCAUGUGCCACCGUACACUGGGCCGAGCAUCAGCAGCUCUACAAUAAAAGUUUUGCUCAAGGUUGUUUCGGGCACAAAGUCUUCAGACCCGCACACCUUCACUUACACCAGAGAGCCGAGCGUCGAGCAGCUCUCAUCUGCUACUGACUUAUCACCGGACUUGCUUUCGUCUCCCAAGUUGAAGAUUCUGCUAGCUAGCCUUCAUGGAG